CUUACUUCUCUGUUUUGCAUUCAACUCACCUUUUUAAAAUUCAUUAACGGCGAAAGUGUAUAUAUAUACUGAAACCCAGUGCUUCUUAUCACUGCAGAUUUUUCUUGGUGGCUCUCAAAACUAUUCUUCUAAGAAAUUUCAGCAUCCAGAAAAUAAGUCAGGCCACUCUUCUCCUGCCGUUGAAUGUUGUGAAUGCAAUAAAAGAAAAUAUCAUUCUUUCUGUGUUUGAAGGAUGAAGUCUUUUGGUUGCUUUUCAGUUCUGUUAUUCAUGGCUGGAACAGCUUUCACAUGCAAGCUUUCACAUUCCACCAUAAUUGGAACUUUCUUUUUAAUUCCAGGUGCUAUGGCCUUACCAUUGCAGGGGAAUAACAUUAUGGACACAACCAUUGACAUGAAGAUGAAGGGUUCGAGAAACGUAAGAAGUCGUAAUGAUCCAAUGGAAGACUAUGAUGGAGACAUAAUGCAUAUGGAAGACUAUGGUCCAAUGGAUCCAGUACCAAGUUCAUCAAAAGCAUCACUAAAACCAGGACCGAUACAACACGGCGCACCUCUCUUGCCUUAUAUUCCUAGUCCAUCCCCGCCACCAGGUGGUUCGGGAAAUGUUGAUCAUCCUUAGCUCUAACAUGCAUGACAUAUCUGCCUUUGUAAUGUUGUUGGGCAGGCCUUAUGAAAACCCUCAUGUAUUCAUUCACUACAUAUAUUUAUUGGACCACGCUUUUGUUAAUCCAUAGCUGUGCUAUUUGAUUUGUUAAUUGAAGACUUGCAGCAUUCCAUGUUUCCAUCCGCAACGAUGAACAAGAACACCAUCGCCAACACAAUGACUGCUCGAAAUGUAAGGUCUGAGGAGUUUUUGACUAAAUCAUGUCUAAUUAUUGAGAUUCGUAUGAUUGAUUUGAGGCUACUUCAAACCAGAAGGCAGAGAACAAGGUUGAACAGGGGUAACAAGGUUGUUAAAAUCAUAUGAAGGCCCAUGUAACCCAUUUCAGAAUAGGGGUGAUUGGGUGAAUCCUUGAAUGUACACGAGUGUUUACUUUAUCAAUAAGAAUGUUGUUUGUAAUCUUCAGUUUCAAUUCUGUUCUUGUAAUGACAGUUGUAAUUUUCUUUCUGUUCUUGUAAUGACAGUUGUAAUUUGAAUUUCUGAGCAUUGUACAUGUUCAAAGUAUUAGU